CAGUCCUUCUCAGGACUAUACCAACCUGGACGAUCUACAUUUACAAACAUUUAGUACUCUCUCUUGAGAUGUUCACAAAACAUGCGAUGGUCAUUUUAUGAUUGCGUUAUCUUCUUACUGCAGGACGCUCACGAAUUUCUGAACAUUUGUCUUCACCAAUUGAUAGAAGAAGUUCAGCAUGUUUCGGGUACAACAUUUGGCGAGUCAAAUAUUAAGGUGUGUCCUGUGUCGAAAAACUUUGAAGGUUGUUUAAGGAAGUACAUCAAGUGUACGGAAUGUGAAGAUGUUGUGAUAAAAAAUGAAGUGUUUUAUCAUUUUUCUCUUCAUAUUCCAAAGGAUUGCAGCGGCGGGAUAAAGAUGAACGCUUUGUUUGGGAAUUUUUUUAAGAAUGAGGAACUUGAGAGAAAAUGUGAGAAAUGUGAAUGUGCGACGGCUGUUCAAAAUGUAAAAAUUAUAUCAAUGCCAAGGAUAAUUAUCUUGCAUCUCGUGCGAAGUGAGUUCGAUCCUCGCAGUGGAAUUGAAGAGAAAAAUUCAAACAGAAUCAAUGCAGAUCGUCACCUUAAGAUAGGUAAUUUUUGUAGCGAGAAUGUUUCAGGACCUCCCCCGUUGAAUAUAAAGGAUACAAGCAAUUGUCAGUUCAACUUGGAUGAUGACGGUACGCCAUUUUUGGACAAUCCUUCCGUUUUAUGCAAGUCUCGAAGGCGAUUGAACAUGUCGUCUGUUGAAGAUGAAUGGAGCGGCAAGAAUGGACUAAAUUCUCUCGAAUCAAGCAAUGAAAAUCUCUUUUUGCUCAGUGAAACCGAACUGUUAGAGCUUGCGAAACGAGAAAGUGUAAAAGAAAAUGAAACAUUUACAUGCAAAGAGAAUAUUGGCUAUAGCAGCAAGACUACGGCAAGGUUGAAAGGUGGCGCUUUACAUAAUUUUUACAGUGGCACAAGAACUCCCAGAAAACGCAUGCUUUCGUUCGAUGAAAUGAAUAACAAAGAAGAAAGCGACAAAAAUAUAAAAAAAUUACCUCGUUUUCAUGACGAUGCGAGAAAUAAACAAAAGCAAGGAAAGAGAAAAACAGGGCUUACAUUUAGACGUUUGAAUGAAAUACCUAUGGACUCAGAGGAAAGCGACGAUUUUGUUUCGAAUAAAAAAAGAAAUUUAGCAGUUAGGAAUUCAAACGAUGGCAAGAUACCUCCCUACCUCAGUAGCGGACGAUUAAAAGGAAGAACGUCAAACGAAGUUGUAGGGUCAAAGAAAGAAAAAUGGCAUGCGGUUUCUGAGGGAAAUGAAGAAGACGACUUGAUGCGGGCUGUCGAACUAAGCAAGAUUGAACAUGAUAAAAAGGCAUUGGAACAAUCUCAAUUAGAUCAAGCCAUACUAUUGAGUCUUCAAGAUGCAAGACAAGAAGCUGUUGUGGAUACGGAACUACAUCAAGGGACAUCUGACUUGGAGAAUGAUGAUCAGAAAAACAAAGAUGAUUUCAUGUACAGAAUUGUAAGUGUUGUAAGUCAUCGAGGAUCUACUCCCUCGGGCGGUCAUUAUGUAAGUGAUGUGUACGAUGUUAAAAAUGAACAAUGGAACCGUUAUGACGAUAUCCGCGUUCGUAAAAUAAAAGAAUAUACUGUACGAUAUGAUGAAAUGCUGGAUGGAUACAUUUAUUUCUACAUGCACAGACUCUGUAUCAAAUUACUACAGGAAUAAUCUUAAACGAAGCAAAGCAAAAAUUGAGCUAAGCACGAAGAUUGACAUUUUUAUAGUUCAUGGUUUUAAUUACAUUUACCAAAAUAAUAUACUAUUAAUGUCAGUUUCUCUUACACAUAUAGACAUCGAACUUCACCAAUAAUCAAAGUUAGAAUCAAACGUUUCAAACGUCGCAUUUUACAUGUCUAACUCCGGGGACAUGACCAAUCAAUACAAGUAAAAAAUUUCAAAUUAAUUUGUAACUGCGAGUGCAUUCCUCUGUCAGAAAUUCUCUACUCUAUAACCCUCUCGUCAAUUAAGAUAAGUUCCACUCCAAUUCUUUUUCAUAUACACCAAAUUAAAAUAAUUUGAAUCCUCUUCCUAAUUUUCCUCCCUUUUUACCUUCUCUUGAACACACUAACUAGUUUACUUCGCUGCUUUUGCUUCACAUGACCGUAAGAAGAUCGAAAAUUUGGAGGAGAGGACGGGAGAGUUUGUAUUUAUAAGAGUUUUGACUAUGUUAACAACUUCACAAUGACCAGUCGUGUAACUACGCGAAAUUCUUAAAUUUAAUAAUGAAUACUUUUGAAGA